CCGACUCAGGGAUCAGAGCAGAGCAGGACCAAAAGGGACAGGAGAUAUUAUCUGUGCCUCACCUGCUGCGCCCACUGAGCUAGAUUGCAAUCUUCCUAGCAGCGUGUUUGUUGGAAAUGAUGAAACGUUUGUGACUGACUUCCAGUGACAGAGAAGGUUCUGGGUGGGGCUAGGUGGAAGGAUGUUUCCAUUAGGACCUCAGUGACCUGUGGAUUGGGAUCAGAACUUGCCUAUGGCCACAGAGGUAUAAGAAGACUCACCUCAUAGGAUUGCUACAAGGAUUCAGACACAUACACCUAGUACCAGGACAGCACUUUGUCUGCACUCCGUCUGCAGUAGCUAUUACUUUUUCUUUUGAAGUCAACUGGGAACAGAUCUCAGAAAAAAAUCUCUCCACAGACACUGAAACCAAGGCACUGGGGAGUUCGAUCACUCACUGCUAGAAGAGGACAGAACUGGAAUCUGUGUUGAGGUCUCUUGGAUGUCUGUGCUUCUGUUGCUGUCAUUCAACAUAGUGGCCGUGUGUCCCUUGGCUGGUCUCCAGGAACAGGUCCACCCCGGGUCUCUUCCUGCUUGCCCUGGAAAAAGUCUGAGCCCCAUUUACACCAGCGGCAGCUCAGCCAGAAGCUCAUCAUGCUGACAGAAGAGAUGAAGCUGUGGCAUGGCUUAGUGAUUGCAGUGUUGUCCCUCUUCCUCCAGAUCUGUCUCCUCAUGGCCCUCAAUUACCUGCUCAGCAGGAACAUAGCCCACCAGAGUGAACGGAUACUGAAAGAAGCCAGACUCCAGGUCCGGGAGCCUAGUUCUGCUCCCCAUCCCUUCCCUUUGGCCAAAGAGACUUGGAAAGAGUCUGCUCCCCAAUACAGGCACGAGAGCAACACGUCCUCAGACAGCUCCGUCAGUUCUGUCAGCUUGAACAACCCUGCCACCUUGCCUUCCACCUUCCAGGCCAUCAAGGAUGUGAAUUACACACCAGUGGUCUUUUCAGCCCCUGAAUCUGUCCUGGACUAUGAGAACAUCAAGGAAGCUACAGAUUAUGUCAAUGUCAAUCCAGAAAAACCCAAGCCCAAAAUCUGGACUUCUGUGAAUGCUUCUUUCGUUGAUCCAGUGGAAUACACUCAAGUGGCUGUGUGAAUUCUAGAUUUUUUUAAUAGGGUGAGAUUCUCUAUGUAUUCUUGCAUUCAUUUUGUAGCAGAAUUCCUUCCAUUAAAAAUAAGGUAGCUGGGCGUGGUGGCACAUGUAAUCCCAGUGGUUUGGGAUGCCUGAGGCGGGAGAAUCAGCAGGUCAAUGCCAGCCUCAGCAAUUUAGCAAGGCCCUAAUCAACUUAGCGAGACCCUGUCUCAAAAUAAAUAAUUAAAAGGGCUGGGGAUGUGGUUCAGUGGUAAAGUACCCCUGGGUUCAUUCCCCAGUACCAAAAAAAAAAAAAAAAAAAAAGGCAGAGUAGGGGUAAAUAGGAAAUAGGACUAUGUCCUAGCAAGAAAUAUCCAGAUCAGAUAUUAGGAAGAUCUUCCAGGUAAAGUAUGAAAACAGUGGAGUCCAUCAGUAGCGAAAGCAGUGAAGUCUUUUUUUUAAUCAGCUGUAAUGAAAUUCUGCUUGACAAUUUUAUGGUUAAAUGACUUCCCUUUGAGCUCUUUAAUUAUUCACAAUAAACAACUUCUUAAAAGUUUUAAAUAAAAUUAUAACCAACA